AUGGUCUACAGUCUACAGAAACACUUAAAUUCAAGAGAAAGAUUAAUACUAAUGUAAAACACAUUAAGGAUGAUGUUAAAAAAGAGUAGAUCCAAAAUCUCUUAUCACUAUUUUGGAAUUAAAUUAGUAUAACAUUAAUAAAGGCUAAGAAUCCUAUAUUUAGGUUAAGAAGGUUUUGUUUAUUAUUAAACUUUUGAAGGUUCAUAAAGAAAGCAAGAUCAGUAAUCAAAAUGA